GUAAAUGUGCUCCUGCGUGGCUCUGCUGAGCAGAGUACCCAUGGAGCCAACUUCAGCUUCCACCAAAAUCCCUGAGGUCCAAGACUUAUGGCAAAGUGUCACCCGUGAGAUAUUUAAAUGCCAACCUCCUCAGCUCCUGGAUGUUGUUCUACCACCCAAGCCCGGGAACAGCGCCUUUACAGGGGACUUCCCUGCCCUUCCCCGGGUCAAAACACCAAGAACAAAAAAAAAAAAUCUUCAAGGAACCACUCUAAAACUUGCGGAUUUGCAAAUCGGACCUGUCUCCUCCCCCGGUGCAGCUGGACGGCCGGAUCGGCGCUGCUGCUGCUACAGAGAGGAGCUCCCACCCAGCCGCUCUCCUUCAGAGCCACCAGCAGCCUUUGAAGAACCCGCUGUGUCUCCCCAGGUUUCUGGUGGCCACGCUCGGAAGCCCUCGGUGCUAUGCUGCCCUGCCACAUGCCCAAUUUAAGGCAUCCAUCCAAGUGGAUGUUUGCUCCUCUCCUCCUCAUCCUGGCUGAGCUCGGCUGCAGCGCCCAACCCACUUACCAAUGGAAAGAUCCCGUGACAAACAAGAAGCUCACCUGCCAGCAGUGCCCGCCGGGCACCUUCGUGGCACAGCACUGCAGCAGGGACAGACAGACGGUGUGCGCUCCCUGCCCGGAUUUGCACUACACGCAGUACUGGAACUACCUGGAGAAGUGUCGGUACUGUAACGUCAUCUGCGGGGAGAAGCAGGUGGAGGUGCAGCAGUGCAAUGCCACCCACAACCGUGUCUGCCAGUGCCAGGAGGGCUACUACUCGGAGAUGGAGUUCUGCAUCAAGCACUCUGAGUGCCCGCUGGGCUUCGGCGUAGAGAAACUGGGUACCCCCUUCGAGGACACCCAGUGCGUCGCCUGCCCCGACGGCUACUUCUCUUCCUCCGUCUCCAGCACCAAGCCGUGCCAGCAGCACCAGGACUGCACGCAGCAGGGGAAGGUGACCAACGUGCAGGGCAACCAGUACCACGACACCCUCUGCACCACCUGCGGACUGGGGAGAAGCAACAGCAGCGUGCAGGGACAGGGAGAUGACGACUGUGAGCAAGCCAUGAUAGACUUUGUGGUGUACCAGAACAUCCCCAUCAGAAAGCUGAAGCGCCUGCAGCAAAUCUUGGAGCGCUCCUCAAGGAAGCAGGUGCUGGAGAACAAGGCGGUUGUCCAGGAGAAGUUCAGGGCUUUCCUCAUCCAGCUCAAAGAGGGCCACUACGAGGUCACCAAGGAGCUGCUGGACGCGCUGCGAGCUGCCAAGCUGCACUCCAUCGAGGAGAAGGUCCGCAAGCGCUUCCUCCUCAACUGAGAACACGAACUGAACUUUUCGGGUGGUUUUUCUUUUGUUUUGUUUUUUCUUCUGUGGCUUCGUUAAUUUAUUAAUCUUUCCAAACCUAACUUGAAAUGCAAUGCAGAGAUGAGUGACAGGUCAGAGUCAAGCCGUCCUGUGGGAGGAACACCCCGUGGGUGUUUUGCUGCCCCUGGGAUGGGAUGCUGUGAGCUGUGCCCUCCCUGCACCCGCCGCUGGUGCAGCUCCUGGGAGUUCCCUGGGUCCCGGCUGCUGAUUUUCCAGCACUCAACAAGGUCAAUAUUUUAUCAGAAAAGAAACAAGCAGCCAGGAUUACUUUUUUCUGGGGAAGAACCCAGUGUCUGGCUUUGUUUUAAGCUGUGUGCUUUUGAUGUGGUGUUUUUUUUUUUUUGGUAGUUAUUUGACAGUAUUUCCCACAGAGGAUUCACUUGUGUUUGUUUGUCGUGCUUUGUUUUGAGAAAGGAGUCUCCUGCUGAGAGGUGUGUUGGGUGUAGGAUGCCCCUGAAGUCACUGGUACAGCCGGCUUUAAAUUGAUUUCUAAACUACCUGUUUUUAUACCGUGUGCGAGAGAUGUUUUCUAAAGAAAGAAACCAAAGAAAUUAUUUUAUUAUACAA